CGACGAUUGUAGCAAGCUAGCUUUCUGAGGUAAUUCGGGGGCUGCAAGCGUCGUGUGGGUCUUUUACAGAAAUUCCUUUGGAUCCUUGUUGGGUGAUCAAUUCCCUUCGCAAUGGCAGCUGCUUCCGCGACCAUGGCCGUGUCCGGCUUGGCCGGGAGCUCUUUGGCUGGUCAGAAGUUUGCCAUCGCCCCCGCCAAGAGCGUCUCCGUUCGAUCCCCCUCCAAGGUCGGAGCUAUCAGCGCCAAGUAUGGUGAGAAGAGCGUCUACUUUGACCUUGGGGAGAUUGACAACACCACCGGGAACUGGGACCUCUACGGCAACGACGAUCCUAAUCGAUACAAUGGCUUCCAGAACAAGUUCUUUGAGACAUUCGCUGGAGCCUUCACCAAGCGUGGUCUUCUCCUGAAGUUUUUGGUGCUGGGCGGUGCCACCACCAUUGGAUACCUUGGCUCGACCUCCUCCGGGGACCUGUUGGCCAUUAAGAAUGGUCCCAAGCAAGCCCCCAUCAUGGGUCCCCGUGGAAGGAAGUAAAUGCCUAGCCAUCUCUUUUAGGAGACCGUGUGAUUUCAACUGUAAUUUGCAAUUUUAAUUCGAACUUGUCGACAAUCAAUUCGUUUCAAAGCUUUGCAUACCAAA